CUUAAUGCCGGGUGGCUGCUUCACCACGAGAAGAUGGGGGCACAGACUCACGGGUCAUCGGACGUGUUAGCUGUAUGAAUUGCCGCGACGUCACUUCAGGGAACGCUCUUCUUGGCUCGGUGAACAGUCGUCACUGGAAAGGUUUGACAUUGGGAAGCACACGUCAAUAAAAUCGUGUUUCUCUCUCUUUCAAAUGAUAACGUCUGGAUGCACUCGAACUACAGGACGAAGGGAACUGCACACUGUCAGAUGAUAAAGAAGAAAUCUUUCGCUUUGGAGAUAUCUAAGGCCACAGUGUCCAUUCACGACUCCACUAAUGCCUCGUGAUUGCAGACUCGAUGUGUCUACAGCCGGAAAUCACAGGCCGUUGUAAACCUAUCCCAACCUAUGUCAUUACGGGGAUGUAAUUUGUUCACCGUGCGGGCGGAGAGAGAAAAUGGGCCUAGAAGUCUUCAAAAGUUGUCCACAGAUUCGUGCCGGAACAAUGUUGACGUAUGCUGAGUCGGAAGACGACGCCUUGCCAUUAACCCCGGCCAUCCACACCCGUGGUAUUUACAGAUAGAAAAUUAUAAUGUCAGGGGGAAGCGGGCGCAGGCGUUGAUGCAGCGGUAGGGACGUCGUUACCGCACAUCCGCAGCUAUUACCGGCGGAGUGGCGAGCGGAGAUAAGGGGAAGCUCGCGCCAUGGUAGCGGCGCUGGCGAGUCUGUGUACAGCGGAAAUGUUGUUCACGCUUCUGGCGGUGAUGCUGAUGACUCCACGGACGGUGUUCUCGACCCGGUCCUGUCCCCGCGUGUGCAGGUGCAGCGGGUCGCACUUCUACGUGGACUGCGGGAACCGGGGUCUGACAAAAGUGCCAAAAUUCGUGCCCUACGUGGUGCAGUCCUUCACUCUCCCCAACAACAACAUCACAAGGUUAGUUGUAGACCAGUUCGUCAGCCUGCAGCAGUUAGAGAUCCUUCAACUUAGCGAUAACAUCAUAUCAGAGAUAGACGACGGUGCUUUCAACAACCUGACCAGCUUGGAGACUCUUGAACUACACAACAACAGAUUGACGUCCGUACCGUCGGCGGCUUUCACGUCUUUAGUGGGGCUUCGGGAACUAUGGAUUGGAAGGAAUCCCAUCAUCACUCUUCAAGCAAAUGCUUUCUCCCCACUCCAAAGGUUGCGAUUCCUUGAUCUUGGACAGCUCGGUCGUCUUCAGACGGUAUCAAAGGAUGCGUUUGCGGGGCUAACGCGACUGGUGUACUUGAACAUGGCAAUGUCGAAUCUUAAAAGCGUGCCUUAUCUUCAGUACCUCACAAGUCUAGAGGAUCUUGACUUGUCUGGAAAUUAUAUUGAAGUGCUCAGAACAGACGACUUCUUAAACUUAACGACAUUGCGCAGACUCGCUCUGGUGUUAUCAUCCGUCAAGACCAUACAGAAAAAUUCCUUCAAUGACUUAUCAAAGGUACAGGAGUUAGAUUUAUCCUACAAUAACUUGACUACGCUGCCUCCAGAAUUGACCUACCCUCUAUAUUCUUUAAGAAAAAUUGAUCUUAGUGAAAAUCCUUGGAACUGUACGUGUGAGCUGUCGUGGUUGGUGAACUGGUUGGGCGUCCACGUGCAGAAUAGGACUGUGGAUUCCAUAGGAACGUGUGAUACUCCGGUUAUUCUACAGGACACUUCGUUGGUGAAUCUACAACAGUACAUGCUGCAGUGCCCUGGUGGCAACGGAACCAACCCGCGAUUAGAGGUUCCGGAAGGGGAUAGCGCUUCCCUCUUCUGCAAUAACGGGAAGGCGAGAGAAGUGAGCUGGAUAACCCCUAAUGGGACCGUCAUGAGCCAUGGCUCGUACAAAGUCAGGGUUAGAGUGUUUAACGACGGGUCACUCAACAUCACCAGCGUGACCAUGAGCGAUUCGGGUCUGUACAGAUGCAUGUCCGACAAAACGUCUACUGACAAGUGGUCGGGAACCAUCUUGAAAGUCAUCCCGAGAAAGCCGAAGUCUACCGGCAGCACUGACUUCCCGGUUGUAGGAACGCCGGUGGAAAGCUUCACGCUUAGCACCAACUCGUGCGAGGAGGUGACAAAGAUGGAUAUCGGCGGUCAGAACAAGUCCUAUGAGGACAACGUUACGGCUUCGCCUCCCGUUAACGUGAAUCCCGGCGGAGACGGCAAGACUGAUGACAACGCGGACUACGAGUCGGGCAAGGAACCGGUGGAUCACAAGAAAUACAUCAUAUCAUCUAUAGUCUCUUUGAUUUCUUUCGGGUUCCUCAUGUGGACUGUGUGCUUUCUGUGCGCCCGAUGUACGAGAGCGAGGAGAAGGAAAAAGAAGAAAAAGGCCGCCGAUAGAGGACAAUGCUCCGAGUCUAACAGCUGUAACUCUAUAAGUAACCAUAUACCGGCUGUUGUGGAUGUGUACGGUGUUGGCACGUCUGGAGAUAGUCCUUGUAAGGGGAACUGUGCCACCUUGAAGACGUUUGGAGAGAAGGGAGGGGUUAAAAUAGACAUCCACGAGAUUCCAUCAGUCAAGAACAUCAGCCCCUUGAAGUCAAAGUCCACCCUCACGACGUUUGUGGACUCGUCUAUGGAGACUAUUGUAUGACAAGGGUCUUUCAGCCAACACAGAGUGUUACGAGUGUGACGUGUAUUGCCUAUACUGAUUAUCAAUAAACUUAAAAACCAUUCGGUGCCAUCCCUAAUCUUACUGCGUCAAAUAUAAUAUGAAAUUUGUAUCUUUACCCUUGAAUAAAAAAUAAUGAAAUGUUCGUGUGAUAUGAAUGAAUAUGUUGUCAAUAAAGUGAUGACGGCUAAGAUAUUGUUCCGAAAUGUAUGUUUGACAUGGUCAAAACGUGUGAGAACAUAAAAGUAUUAUGCAAAAAAUGCCCCGGACUUACGACAGCCGUCUGAUAUAUUGUGGAUAAGACAGGGGCUGUGGUACGAGUAUAUAGUAUUCUUAUGGAUGCAUUAAGCAUAUUUUCUAUGUUUUUCGCUGAUCACGAUGUACGCCACCAUUCAUGGCAAUAUAUUGUAGUCUCCGGUCCUAAAUCUUUCGUCAAUAACUUAAAUAUUACUAUGCUUCAUACCUUUAUUGGUACAUGCUAGUGAAAUGGAAAUAAUGAGUUUGAUUGCAUUUCCUGUUGAGCGUACCACUAACCCGCUGUUGGUUAUCGGCUGAUUUACAGAUAGGGUAAAAUGCGGGAAUUCUCCGGGCAACAACCAACAAUUUAUUCUUUAUUGUGUGCUGAUUUAUUUGGUCUGCGAAUUUGAUAAUUCUGUUAAAGUCUAUACCUAACGUGUCCAUGCACUUUUACUCCUGCAUUUCAGAAGAGAAUAAUAUUGUAUCCUUUUUGGGGCGGAAAUUGUUAUGCUGCU